AAAAGGGUGCGGACCCAGUGACUUGAUGAUCCAUAACGUUGCUGAACGUUUCGCUGUUUUAUCUUCCUUUAAACUGCAAUGCCUUUAAAUCUGUUGUCUGUCAGCAGAUCCUUUUUAAAGUGUUUGAAAUCUUUCCAUCACAACCCUCAAAGAGGAUUUAGCAGUGGAUCGGCUUCCUUGAGUUCAGUGAGUUUAAAGGGUCGGAGCUGUCUCACACUUAAAGAUUUCAGCUCAGAUGAAAUCAAGAGGUUGCUGUGGGUAUCUGGGGACCUCAAGCAUCAGAUAAAACAUGAAAAGCAGUAUCUGCCUCUUCUGCAAGGAAAGGCAAUCGCCAUGAUAUUUGAGAAGAGGAGUACCAGAACAAGAAUGUCCACAGAAACAGGUUUUGCUUUGUUGGGUGGACACCCCUGUUUCCUAACCUCACAGGACAUCCAUUUGGGAGUAAAUGAAAGCUGCACCGACACAGCAAGGGUUCUCUCGGGACUUUGCAAUAUCGUUUUGGCACGAGUUUACAACCAUGCCACGCUCGAGGAACUGGACCGAGAGGCUUCCAUUCCCAUAAUUAACGGACUCUCUGACCUUUAUCACCCGAUCCAGAUUCUGGCAGACUUCCUUACUUUACAGGAGCAUUAUGGAUAUCUUAGUGGACUUACAGUCAGCUGGAUUGGAGAUGGAAACAAUGUCCUCCACUCCUUCAUGAUGACUGCUGCCAAACUGGGAGUUCAUCUUAAAGUUGCCACACCAAAGGGUUAUGAACCAGACAAGAAUGUAAUUGAAGAGGCGCAGAAGUUGUCCAAACAACAUGGUACCCAACUUGUUCUGACCUCUGAUCCGAUGGAGGCGGCUCAUGGCAGCAAUGUCUUGGUCACUGACACUUGGGUCAGCAUGGGCCAGGAAGAGGAGAAAAAAAGGAGGCUCAAAGAUUUCCAGGGAUACCAGAUUACAAUGCAGACAGGAAAUGUGGCCAAACCAGACUGGACCUUUCUUCACUGCCUCCCUCGGAAGAUGGAGGAGGUGGAUGACCAGGUGUUUUAUUCAUCCCGCUCCCUCGUCUUUCCUGAGGCAGAGAAUCGGAAAUGGACCAUCAUGGGUUUGAUGGUUUCUCUUUUGACUGACUACACUCCACAGAUCUCCAUGCCGAAGUUUUAACCUUAAGGUGGAAUUUAUUUUGGACCUACUGAUAAAACUAAAUGCUUUCCCAAAUUGUGUUUACGUUUAUAAUUGUUAUAUGUAUUAACAAGGAAACCGUGUCUGAGCUAUUGCAAUCUAUUUCCAUCUAUCUGAACUUGAUGGAGGAUGCCAACAAUAAAAAAAAAGAAAAUUGUA